UUAAGUUCCUAUCGAUAUAUUGGGAUUCUUAUGUUAGUGUCAUCGAUAUGUGUAUUAAUGACACCACUAUAUUCGGUUGCCAUUUUCGCUUAACAUAUUCUAUGAUUGUACGAAUUUUGUAGAGAUUUGAUUGACAUUGUAUCAUUAAAAGAAACAAUGGUUUCGAUGCAAUUCGUUUUGCAGCCUCUCCCUGGAACAGAUGAACAAUUCAUUGAAAGGAUUCGCGAAGUGUCUGAAAAAGUUAACCGAUUUGGUUAUGGCACCCAUCGAAUAUUUGAACAGUUGAAAAUUCCAGUCAAAGAAGUAGUGAUCGGACCAAGCCAUAUCGGAGUUCUUUUAGAGGAUGGUAAAGCAUUCCGGGUUUCGUUUUCUAUAAACUCGGAAAAAUUAGACUUGACGAAAUUGGAAAAUAAGAAUACUGUAGUUAGUGGACCUUCAACCACAAGUGCACCAAAAGCACCAUCAUCGUCUAGGCCCAUGGCCCGGUCUAGAGCACGACUGCUGCGUGCAACUGGCAGAUCUGGGUCGACGGGUCAAAGUUCUGGGUCAAGAAGUACAGGUGUUAUUAUUGGCGGAAGUUCAUCAAAUCGUCCGCUGGUAACUGUACCAGCAACAUAUGUGCCGGAGGAGCUUAUAUCUCAAGCUGAAGUGGUAUUACAAGGAAAAAGUAGAAACCUCAUUAUCAGAGAGCUUCAGCGAACGAACCUUGAUGUAAAUUUGGCUGUAAACAACUUACUUUCGCGGGAUGAUGAAGAAGCAGAGGAUACCGAAGAGGGUGGCGAUAAUUACGUACCAGAAGAUCUAAUCUCAUUAUUGGACAAUGGAUUUACUGGUGAAAACAAUAGUGUCAUUAUUGAUCCAUCCGAUGGCCUUUUUUCAGAAGAAAUUUUUAGCAAUUACUCGAGCAUUAGAAAUUUGCUUUUCGACCGUAUACGUAGUGAACGGAGCAAUACAGCCAGCUCAAGCACCGCAGAUACUAACCAAUCUCACCGUACAUCGACAUCUUCAAGUGGAGUUUUGUCUGGCAACUCUAGUUUAUCUGCACAAAUUUCUUCGGCGAACGCUGACCGUGAAGCUUUUAGUCGCUGGCGUGAUCGUCAGUACUAUGGGCCCCGCCGUUGGAUAAGUAAAGAAGAUUACUCGUGGGAAAAAGACGCUGAUUUAAAAAAAAAAGAAUGUUCUACCACGCUAUCUCCUAUUUGGAUAUCAGAAGAACUUCAACCAUGGCCUGAUAAAUCUACUACUCGAUUCAAAACAAUUGGAGCGUUAUAUUCAGAAUUUAUUGCGUUAUCCGAAAACGGAGAACUUCAUCAGUGGCGUUGGUCAGAGAGCGAGCCAUAUAAAUCAGACGCGGAUAAUAUUUAUCAUCCUAAAACGUUACCUCUCAACAUAACUGAGAAGGUGGAAUUAAUUUCUGCUAACUUUAUACGCUGCUCUGUAGUGACAGAGUCUAACCGAGUAGCCACCUGGAUGGACGAACAAUUGGGACAACAUGGCGCAAAACUAGAGCAUUCAGCUUAUGUUUUCAAUGAGUUCAUUAUGGACCCAAUAUCCACAAUCCAUGUAUGUUCUUUAUACACAGCAGUGAAAACAGAAAGCAAUACAAUAUAUUGGUGGGGCGUAUUACCAUUUGAUCAACGACGCUAUUUGUGGGAUAAAUUCAGAACUAAAACUAAGAAGCCGUUCAAGGUUACCACCUCGGAUGUCAGUGUAGGAUCUCAAGUUGUCAUGAAGAAGUGCCCCAUUUAUCAAACGGGAUCCAUUGGAUUCACGUGCACCAAUGGCAUACCUAAGGUUGGACAACUUUUGAAUUCAGUAUGGGACUUCACCGAUGUUUGCCGCAUGAAAAUUUUAAAUAUCGGCAGUGGCGUUCUACCUGAAAAAUCCCCUCCAGGCCCCUCCAGCACACAUUCACAUGCUGAAAAAGAUGUUACUAAGCCAGCAGUUGCGCAAACCACUGCCAGCAAAGCCGUACAAAUAAACUCAACAAGUAAAGAGUCAAACGACCGAAUCGAUAUGCCACCACCGCCUUCACCCGCAUCCAGCACUUGCAGUGAUACUGGUAGUGUCACGUCCCAUAAACGUACUAAGAGAAUGACAACUAAGGAUGAUAGCAAUAGUAACCAAGAAGGAAGAAAAGACGAAGAAUUAUGGCAGCUCAAAGAUAUUGUCUUUGUCGAGGACAAAGUAGGUCCAAUUGGCAAAGUGCUUAAAGUUGAUGGAGAUUUCGUGGCUGUACGCUUCCCAGCAUCGACUGGAAAUUACCUAAAUAAUACUGUUCCAAAGGAGGAAGGCAAGGAGGAUGAUUGGCAACAAUGUCGUUUGCUACGUCGUGAGGAUGUGCAGGUAUUCCGAAAUGCAAUGACGUCGCGAGGACCAGACUGGCUUCAAAAGCAACCUAAAAAAAUAAACAUUAGUCACGGAACUGAUACAAUGGGUGUGCAGUUACUUACAAUGUCAGCGGAUACACGUGGAAUUCACGUAGUGAAGAAAGUAGCCGGAAAACUGUACUACAGUCUAUAUAACUUGUACAACAGCAAACAAGAACAAAAUUGCCAAUUUCCUACAGACUGCACAUCAUUUGUAGGCUCGUCUGCUGCCAAAAUAUCGAUGGCUUGCAACAAUGACUGCAAUGGCAAUAGUAGCACGAUUGUGCUCAAGGACGGAAAUGCCGCCCUUUACCCAUUGGCUAAGGACUGCAUUGGAUCUAUAAAAGAUCCCCAAUGGUUCGACUUGCCUCCAGUAAAAUCAGUAACUAUGACCACAAUAUCAUUACCGCCAGCUACAUCAUGCGUCAAUCUGAAAUCAAAAGUGUGCAUGAUUGCCUUACUUUUCGAGAAUCAAAAGUUGAUGCCACAUAUACUACGUUGCGAUGUAAAAAAUAGUUUUGCAGUUUUGGCACGACUUGAAAAAGAAGACCGUGAUGACACGAUUCCAGUUAUCGAAGAACGUUGUGACGGUAGUCGAAAUGUAUUUCACGCAUGUGUGAUAAUGUGUGCACCAACGUCCAAUAAAGAUGCUGUAGACACAUCAAACAGUGUAUCAGACAAGAAGUCACCCUCUGCUAGCAUUUCAUUACCACGUGCUGGUGUUUCAACGGCAUACGGUACUGGUUUUACCGGUACUAGCGGCAAUACUGAUGGCUCCAGUUUUGCUACCGUGUCAGCCGGUAUGGGAGCGUCUUCUGCAUCUGCAUUAAACAGAGAGAAUCGCAUAAGCUUACGUGACAUGAUGCACCGACUAAUCAACACAGAACAACCAGAGCAUAUAAAUCAACAGUUACCUAAUACAAGUGACGACCACGCUUAUGUACCCUUACCAUGGCCAGCAGAAUCCUCUAACAACAUAAAUUCUUCAGGAGCUCAAAAUAUGGCUGACUUAGUAGAGGAUGAAAUUUCAAAAAUAAUUCCAUCCUCUCAAGGGCCCAGCACUUCAAGCAAAUUGGGCUCGCCUAAUUAUACACUUGAUCUUUUACAACGGCGUGAGCAUGCUAUUUUAACCCUACAACAAAUGUGCUCAAGUGCUGCGCUACGCCCUUAUCUGUGCCAGCUUCUGAGUGCGAAAGAUGCACAAGGCCAAACACCUUUUAUGUUAGCUGUAUCUUCUCGUGCGUAUGAGGCCGGAAUUAUUCUUCUUAACACCAUACUUAUGCUGUCUGAUCAGGACACGCUGCUCAAGGAAUCAAUGAUAUUCCCUGCUGGGUCGCCCGCCGAUCAAUCUCCACUCCAUGUAAUUUGCUACAAUGAUACAUGCUCCUUCACGUGGACUGGUGCAGAUCAUAUUAAUCAAAAUAUUUUUGAGUGCAAAACAUGCGGAUUAACCGGAUCGCUAUGCUGCUGCACCGAGUGCGCUCGAGUCUGCCACAAGGGACACGAUUGCAAACUUAAACGCACUGCGCCGACUGCAUAUUGCGACUGUUGGGAAAAGUGCAAGUGUAAGGCACUUAUAGCUGGAAAUCUUACGAAGCGAUUCGCACUGCUCUGUAAAUUAAUUUCCUGUACUGAUUUAGUUACCAAGUUCAACUCCAAAGGUGAAUCUAUUUUACUUUUCCUUAUUCAGACAGUUGGUCGACAGAUAGUGGAACAAAGGCAGUAUCGUUUUAAUGUACGAGUGCGCAAUGUAAGUAACAACGGCAGCGCUGGAAACGGCGCCAGUGCGGCCACAUCCAGUCGGAAGUCUUCCUCCUUGGAUAUUGACAACGAUAUGCCAGAUCAUGAUCUUGAGCCGCCAAAGUUUGCGAGAAAAGCGCUCGAACGCCUAUUAAUUCACUGGGAUGCUGUGCGUUCUAUGGUUAUGUGCGGAGCUGAGAAAAAUGAUACAAACUCACAGAACCCUGAGGAAAAUUUGAAUGUUUUCUUGCAAUCUCAGCAAGGUUCUACUUUACUAGACAAGUUUACUCAUAGUCUUAUAGUUAAAUGUACAAGUGAUCACCUAGAUACUCUACUGCUAACUCUUGUGCGCGAAAUGCAAAACUUUCGAUUAAGAGGGCGCUCUAGCGAAGCAGAAGAAGUUGCCCGCCGAUUUGUUCGUUCUGUAUCACGUGUGUUUGUUAUUUUUAAUUUGGAAAAACAACCGAACCCAGAAAAACGGAAGAAUCAUUCGACUUGCAGCAAAUAUGUGCAAAGCUGUGUAAAAGUGUUUCAAACACUGCAUCGGAUUUCUAUUGAAGAACUUUGUGAAGUAUCCGAAGCUCUGAUUGCCCCAGUGAGGCUUGGUGUAGUCCGACCAACAGCUCCAUUCACCACGACUUCUUCAAAUCUUGAUAACUCUGACGAUUUAUUUAGUGUCGAACCAUUGGCGCCGUCUAAUAUAGAGUCAAGUUCUGAGCAAAUUGUUACACAUGAUAGCACGCACGAUCAAUCUAGUGGCUUUUCAAUACAACAGAACUACGAAGUUGUUCCAAUGGACGCACUUAGAGAUACUUCAGAAUCGGAGGAGGUUACAAUUAGAGAAGGCAAUUCGCACAGCCAGGACGAUGAUUUAAUAGAAAAUCAACGAAAUGAAGACGGUAUGCCAGAGGACGAAAGUGAUAACGAUUUUACAUUUAAUGACGCUGAAACGGAAUCCGAUUCGGAUGAUAACCAAAGCAACCAAGAUGCACAACGCAGCGUUCAAACUGGAGCUACUGUUGGUUCAGAAACAGAUAUUGGUGUACUUUUUCUGGAAGACGAGUCUGGAGAUUCAUCAGCUCAAGAGGAGGACGGUUCAGAUGAUAGAGAAUCAGAUGAUCACUCAGACGAGUUUACUUUUCAAGACCAACAGCUCGAACGUCGCAACACAAGUUCCAAUUCCCGGAAUGACUUGGCACCCCAAACAAUGCAAUGGGCUAUUCGAAGUCGCGACACUUCUCGGUCAUCGAUACGUGUUCCAACAGGGUCGAAUUUAGUUUUUAUAGACCCCAUGGCACUACGCCGCUCUACUGUGCCGGCUAACACAGCUGUGGGUGCACCGUCUACCGAACCUCACACAAUGGCGACUACAGCAAGCAAUCUAGCACGUGCAUUUAGUAUAACUAUACGCCAAAUAUCCGAACUGUUAGGCAUUUUGUCAUACAACAUGGCAAAUAAUAUUGAAACUUCAUUAAAAAUAAAUAACGAUGACAUCGUUGCAGUGCAGGGGUUUAUGGAAAGGCGUCUGAAACCUACAUGGGAUUGGAUGUUUUCAGUGAUGGACGGUACUGAAGCACAGCUGAAAUUUGGAGCAUAUCUAACAAAUUAUACAGAUCCAACUCAUCCAUUGCAUCCACUUAACCUAAGUGCUCAGUCUAAUACCAACCAAUCACCAAGUCCGUCUGCGACAUCCGCUUCUGUGGGAAUUAAUGUAUUAGGCUCUAAUUCUCGACGGGAUUUUUUCACAUACUGCUUAUCUCUGAUGCGCGCACAUACUUCGGAACAUAGAGAUGCACUGCCUGUCUUAGAUAUAACAGCAUUGCGGCAUGUCGCAUACGUACUUGACGCUUUUAUAUACUACAUGCGUAACGACACAGGGUUUUAUGAGAAGAGUGAUACUAUUUCUGGUCGUGCAGGAAAUCUAUUCCCAACCGGAGAGAAUGAAGACACCGACGAGGAACUAACGACUAUAGAGGAAACUUGUGCAGAAUUGCAUCCUAGUACACAACCAUCAUUUCUGAUUAAUAAUCGCAAGCAUGCGUUCUUCACUAGGUCAGACUCUACUUUGAGUUUGGGCUGUUCAGCACCAGACGGGUUUGACCUUCCGCUUGACAUGGCUAUGCCACUUGCCGACAAGCCUCACCUACUGCAACCGAACUCAAAGCGGCAAGAGCUUUUUGCUAAUUUACCCUUACUCGGUACAGCAGCUGACAAUACCAGCGAUUUCAACAAAAGCACCAUUGGUGGCUCGCCUACAAAAUUAGGUUUCUCAAAUUUUCUUAAGACAGACGAAUCAGUAGUUGAUGAAAGUCCCAAUAAUCAGAAUGUUUCGACAUGGUCCGAUGCAACAACAACACUUUCAAAAACAGAUCCAACAGAAUUAGAAAGCGGUUAUAGGGUCGAUGAUACUUCAGACCAAAAUAUUUAUGUACAACUAAAAAAAAAACAAUGCUUAGAUGAUUCAAAAUCUGCUAAAGGAAAUGAUGGAUCCAGCAACACGCAGCUUAAAAAUGCCGAACCUAUGCAGACAGAUGACAAUCACGUAACAGAUGAUGCAAGUUCAAGCCGUACGGAUGUAAUAAUGGCUACAAGGCCAGAAGUUAUAAUAGCUCCUAGCAAAAGUCAAAAUCUUACUACUGUGGGCUCAAGAGACUCAGAGACUGCGUUUCAAAGGUCCGCUUUAACGCCAUCAGUUCGAAGCGUUAUUGUGCGAGCUGGCACUUCCGGCAUAAAACCCGGUGAUAUUGGAUUGUCUGAAUGUAAUAAUUCUUCGAUUCCCUCUGUGAUGGCUUCUGAAAUUGAGGAAUCUAAGUGGAAUGAUAAUCGUGCAAAGCCAGCGUUACAUACGUUGGUAUUUCCGAUUCGUGGGUCACUAUUUUACACUAAUAAUUUUUCGGAGUUACCAUCUUGGAACUUUUUACUAAGUCGAUGGAAAUUGGCGCUUGAUUUAUUUGGGCGCGUGUUCAUGGAUGAUGUGGGUAUGGAACACGGAUCCGUGUUGCCAGAGUUACGUGGUUUUCCCGUUAAGGAAAUGCGUUUUAGACGUCAUAUGGAAAAACUGCGAAAUGGUCAGCAACGUGACCUGGUGCUUUGUAAACUGGAACGCAACCGUGAAAGCUUGAUAGUUCAAACCUUUAAAGAAUUAAACGCCCAAUUUGGAAACCAAAACCGGCGUGCGCAACCACCCAUCACGUUUAAUAGAGUUAAAGUUACUUUUAAAGAUGAGCCUGGCGAAGGUUCUGGGGUCGCGCGCAGCUUCUAUACCUCCAUAUCUGAGGCCUUACUGGCCAGCGCCAAAAUGCCAAAUCUUGAGUCAGUGCAAGCAGGAACAACCCACAACAAAUAUGGGGUACCUUUUUCUAGCAUUUUGCGAAGCAGAGCCGUUUCCGGUUCCAGUCGAGAUCCGCCCACUUUGCAAAGACGAGGUACAGGUAGUAAAAUAUUGUGGCGCACAGCUCGUGAACGGAAAGCUUUGAAUUAUGAUGCUAGACCAUACAUACCAUCAAGUAAUGGAGAUAAUACUAUAGCUGAGAGCACAAACGAGCAUCUUUCUGUUCAUCUACAGCAGCUUGGAGAACGUCUAUAUCCAAAGAUAAACUCAAUUAAUACUACACACGCCUCAAAAAUUACUGGCAUGCUACUGGAGAUACCUACGCCUCAACUUUUGUCUGUUCUGUCAUCAGACGAAACGCUUCGUCAAAAAGUAAAUGAAGCUGUAGAGGUAAUAACUUUUAGGCAAAAAUCAGAAGCAAAUGCCCAAAACUCGUCAAAAAAAUCUCCAUCGGUUGUGCUAGUAGAACCCGUAGACGAUGAUAAUGAACCCUUAUUUUAUUCUCCGGGAAAACGUGGAUUUUACACCCCACGACAAGGUUUUGCGACCUUUGAACGUAUUAAUGCAUUUAGAAAUAUUGGAAGACUUAUUGGACUGUGUCUUUUGCAAAAUGAACUGCUGCCCUUGUUUCUGCAGAGACAUGUGCUUAAGUACAUAUUAAAUCGAAAAAUUAAAUUUCAUGACUUGGCCUUCUUCGAUCCAGCAUUAUAUGAAUCUUUUAGGCAAAUUAUUCAAAAUUCACAAUCAAAAGAAGGGGAGGAAAACAUCAACCGCAUGGAGUUAAGUUUCGUAAUCGAUUUAAUGAAAGAAGAAGGCGGUGGAAGUCGUGAACUGAUCCCCGGAGGCCGCGAUAUAGCUGUAACAUCCAGCAACAUAUUUGAAUAUAUAAGACGUUAUACAGAAUAUAGACUGAUUAAAUCUCAAGAAAAAGCACUUGAGGCUCUAAAAGACGGCGUUUUUGACGUCUUGCCAGAUAAUUGCAUGAAUAACCUUACAGCUGAGGACCUGCGGUUAUUGUUAAAUGGCGUAGGGGACAUUAAUGUAUCAACGCUAAUUUCAUAUACUACAUUUAAUGACGAGUCCAGUGAAGGGCCCGAUAAACUACUGAAAUUUAAAAGGUGGUUUUGGAGUAUUGUGGAAAAAAUGAACACAUUGGAACGCCAAGACUUGGUUUAUUUCUGGACAGGAUCACCAGCAUUACCUGCUUCAGAGGAAGGAUUUCAGCCUCUCCCAUCCGUUACAAUAAGACCCGCUGAUGACUCGCAUCUUCCUACUGCAAAUACCUGUAUAUCCCGACUUUAUAUUCCCCUUUAUUCAAGCAAAUCGAUUUUACGUAGUAAGAUGCUGAUGGCUAUUAAAUCAAAAAACUUCGGAUUUGUAUAAAAAACCGUAAUAUUAAUAUUGCCUUGACAAUACAUCUACUACUAAAAUA